AUGAGGAGGCCAAUGGGGAACGAAAAGGCGGACAACAUGAACAUGGAGGGAAACAGAGGGAUGGACUACACGGACAUUACCGGCGAAAGGAAGGAGGUAGUGAAGGUGUUUUGGAGAAUUAGGGGGGACUGGAGGGAGUGGGAAACUGACAAAUCGAGGAGUGGUGAAGAAUUUGAGGUACGUAGUCAAGUGCCCAGCGGACGGACAUUUGGAGGUCUCAUGUUUUUCUUUCGAUGGGCUCGGAGCGCACUUUCUUGCUCUUUUCCGGUAAGGAGCGUUUUAAAGCGGUGGCGCCUGUGGUACGUCAUUGACAAGCUCGAGCGGUGGGAAAACAAAUAA